AUGACAAAUUUAAAUACAACAACAGGAUUAAUUAAUAUUCAAGAAUAUCCUAUACGUGAACCACAAAAUGCUCAAGAACUUGUUAAUUUAGUUCAAAAUACUAUUUCACAAAUUCAAGAUAAAUUUGGACAAAUGAGUGAUUCAAUUAUGACAAGAAUUGAUGAUAUGGGUCGACGAAUUGAUGAUCUCGAACGUAAUAUUGCACAUAUAAUCUCGCAAACAAAUGCUGAAUUACCAUAA